CCAGUCAAAGUCUCUUAUAUCUCAUUAAAUAAUCUAUUCGAACGAAAUAAAUUUUAUUUUUAAAUUUAAAAAAAAAAAUAAUUUAACAAAUUUUUUAUUAAUUAAUUAAUUAAGAGUUUUCUUUUAUAUAUCUGACAUAAAAUAUAUAUAUCAACUAACUAAAUGAAAAAUUGUGUAAAUUAAAUUAAAAUUCAAUAAUAAAUAUAAAUUAAGAGAAAAGUGGUUAAUUUUACUCGCAAAUUAAUGGUUUUUUUUUUUUGCAUUUAAUCUUUGAUUCCGAAUUUUUUGACAAUUUUAAUUUGUCAAAAUAAUAAAAAUGGGUGGCAAAAAGAAUAAAAUUAGAAAAAAAUGUUUGAAUCAACAUCAAAAUAAUAAUAUUUCAAAAAAAAAUUUUCCAAAUAAUUCCAACGAAAAUAUCAAUUUAUUAGAUAAAUCACCAAUUGACAUAAUUUCAAGAUUGAAUUUUCCUUUUAUUGAACCAAAUGAAAAUAUUGAAGAAGAAGAUUUUGAAUUUAAUUUUCGUCAACGUACAAUUUUUGCUUGUAAUCUUUGCUUAGUAUGUAUGGAAUUAUGUGACGGAUUAUCGACAUGCAAAAAUUGUCAAAUGAUCACGUAUUGUUCAAAUAAACACCUAGAGGAGAAUUUAAUAGAACAUAAAAAUUUAUGUAAAAUUCUCACAGAUAUUUGCAAUAAAAAUGAGGGUUUAUCAUUAGCAAAAGAUCUUUCACCCGAUGAAUAUCGAACAUUUCGAGUUAAAUUAAUAGAAAUAAUUGAACAGGGUUUAAAAAGAAAAUUAGAUUUAUGGGAAAAGGAAAUUAUUUUAUAUCCUCGACUAUGUAGAAAAUGUCACAGUGAAAAGAAUUUAAUAUGUUGUCCCCAAUGUAAAAUGGAUUUUUAUUGCUCAAAAGAUCAUCAAAAAGAUCAUGAACAAUGGUGCAAUCAAUUCAAAUUAUUUCAAAGAAUUAUUUUUCUACAAAAAUAUCAUGGAUCGGUUAAUCCAAAACUUCCAAAUCGAAUCUACAAGGAAGCUUUUUCGUUACCACAAAAUCUCGAUCAUAUACUAUUAGAAUUGUUUGACUCAUCUGUAUAUUAUAAAAAAAUGGAUUGUCAUUCAUAUGCCAGCAUUUCUCAUAUGGCAACAAUUCCACUAACUACAUUAUUUGCAAUUGAAAAAAGUUGUCAAAAUUGGAAAAUAAAAAAGAAUAUCACCAUUCACGUGAUAGGAGCAGAAUUUCAAUUUGAAUGUUGGAAUCUUCGAAUUUGGGAGAAAUUAUUUCUUCACUAUUUACCAAAUUUAAUUAAUUUAACAUUAAUAUUCACUGGGCCAGAAUUAAAAGUACCUGAUGUAUUGUUAGAAAUUUUAAAAAAUGUCAAAACAUGCAAUUAUUGUCGAAUUUCUGGUAGACGUAUAAAUGUAAUUUUUAAUCAAGGUAAACUUUAUCACGAGAUUGAGAAAACAACAAUUAUUCAAAAACCAGACAUUGUGUGUUUAUUUAAUCCGGGACUUUAUCGAAAAACUGGAUUUAAUGGCAAUGAUACGUGGCCAUUGACUAUAAAAAAAUUUUGUCAAUUAAAAUCACCUAUUGUUAUCACUGCUUAUACAGAAAAGGAAAUUCCUCAAGAUAUCGCGGCAAUUAAAUCAGUGUGUAAUAUUAAUAUUAUUAUGGAACCACAAAAAAAUCCCUAUGCAACAUUAAAACCUGAUAGAAAUUUUGUUAGUGACGAUACAGCACCGUUGAUGUAUAAAAAUCAUUUUAUAUCUAUUAUCAAAGGCAUUGACUGAAUUUUAAUUAUUUUUAGUUUUAUAAAAAGCAGAUGAUAUAUGAGAGAAUUAUAUAUAUAUAUAUAUAUAUAUUAUACAAUUUUGAUAAUAAAUUAAUUAAAAAUUGUAGAAUCAAUUGUCUUUAUGUAUAAUCAAAUUGUAGUACAAUUAUCAGAUAUGUUAGAACAAUUCCAAAAAUCUGUAAAGAAAAUAAAAAUGUACUUCUCCAAAAAUGAUAUCUCAAACAUUUUCCAAAAAAAAAACAUUUUUACCUUAUAUAGAUAUUUAUAGUUUAAAUCAAUUAAUCCAUAUAUUGAAAUGUUCAAUUGAUUUUUAAGCAAGUAAAGAAGAACACUUUUCAUCUGAAACUAAAUUGUUCACUAAACGAAAUUGAAACUAUAAUAAGGAAUUCAUCUUUAAUAAAAAUCUUACCAUAUACAUACGAUUUGAUUUUGAAUUAAUCCAUAUUUUACAGAGAAUAAUACCAGUAUUAUUUGCCUAUAUAAAAAAUUUUCAUUGAAAUUAUUUUAUAAAAAAUAAAAUAUAGUUAUUUCUCUCUCAAAAAACAGUGCGAAUAAUUUUAAUAAUAAUUAUUACCUCAUUAGAAAUAUUUCCAGAAGCAGUUGAAAUGAAGAAAAAUUCCAUAAUAUUACUAAACAAUACAAGAAAAUGCAUUGACGAUAAAAUAUGAAUCAACGAAUUCCAUUCGACACUCGUUCUUAUUAUAAGAAAAAGAAUAUUAAUUGAUGAAACCAUAUUAAUAAAAUUCACAAUCAAUGAUAAUAAUAUUGGUACUGCAAAUAAAUCUUGAAUAUCUUCGAUAAUUGUUUUUAAAUUAUUGUGCAAUUGUUUAGCAAUUGCAAUUUUAUUUAUUGUUA